CUCUUCUUCACUUUGGUCGUGGUGGGAUUUUGCGGUCUCGCAUCCCAAGGCAACAACAGCGCUAUCCAGUGGACUAUUGGCUCCAUGCUGCUACUUUUUACAUUUAUAUAUAAUUGCACAGUCGGCCCUGUCUGCUACGCACUGGUUGCAGAAAUGCCUUCGACUCGUCUGCGGCAGAAAACUGUCGUUUUGGCUCGCAGUGUGUUCCAGAUCGGGGGCAUGUUGGCGAAUAUCCUGACCACGAGACAGCUGAAUCCUGAUGGCUGGAAUUGGGGCCCAUGCUCUGCUUUCUUCUGGGCUGGAACCGGCUUCGUGAUGCUUGUGUGGUCGUUCUUACGCUUGCCAGAGCCAAAGGGACGGACCUAUGCCGAGCUGGAUGUGCUCUUCGAGAUGCGCGUGUCUGCCAGAUUGUUCAGGACUACAGUGGUC